ACUCACCCAUAACAAUUUGACAUGUAAGACCUUGAGACAAAGCUGUUACAGAAAAUGGAUCCUCUCUCACCUUCUGUCACUCCAAAUUCGAUAUCCCUUCAUCCUCGACUACCCUAUCUAAUGAUCCUCUGCCUUAUAUUAAACAAAAAAAGCAUACAUCUCCAUCAUCAUCUCAGCCUUGUUGGGUUAUCCCAUCCAAAAAUGUCAAUAGUUAUUACACAAAAGAAGUUUUGGUGGUUCAGUACGUUCAUCCAGUGAAGACUAAGGACGGAUGGAGAGCCGUAGGAAGGACGAAGGCAUUAAGCUCUGAGAUCAGAGGCCAUUGAGUGUUGGCCGAAAAGUGCUUGAUACACUAGCUUAUAGAUGACGGCUUGAGGCUUAAAUACGCUGGUAAGUCGUAGCAACUGGCGUAAGCACAGUGACGCUACAACAUGUAGGAGACUCCUUGGAUUGGGCUUACACAAUCUGUAUGUGGGUUUUUAAGAACAAAGUCUUAACUGUCAAACCAUAAAAAUAAAUGCAAAAUUAAAGAACCAACAUUGAAAGUAAAGGAUGGUGAGGGGUCCCACCUGGUAUUGGAAAUCCCAGAAAUGGUUUCAGGUUCAUGCACCUUCCAAUUCCAAAGCAAGCAAAUGUAUUAUUUCAAUUAUAUAAAUUAUACAUUUUUUUAUUGAUUCCCAAUUUUAAAUUUAUUUUUUGUCACAAUAUAUAAAUCACUUCUUGCUUUUGCUUCUUCAACAUGAACAUCACCAACAACUACUUAAAAAAAAAAAACCUUUCUUCUUCCUUCAUCGAUCUUUACUUUAUGGCAGAAUGUAUAUCUAUCAUCUUUGUGACUGCAUGAUUGCUCUAUGAAAUGGUGAUAGUUCACCACCAAGAACUACAUAGAUCCGACCCCUAUGUUCCAAUAACGGAUCGCAAACAAGGUUUCGAUAUUGAACUUAUGAGUUCUACUUCUAAAGUUGAGCAUGAAUUGUGGCCGUUGGAUGGAAUUGAUUCGAAGAAUUCAAAGUUUCCUUGUUGUCUAGUUUGGACACCACUCCCUGUUGUUUCAUGGUUAGCACCUUUCAUAGGACACGUUGGGAUUUGCCGAGAGGAUGGAGCGGUUCUUGACUUUUCGGUAUCGAAUUUUGUCAAUGUUGAUGGUUUUGCUUUUGGUGCUGCAGCUCGAUAUGUUCAACUCGAUAGAGAAAAGUGUUGCUUUCCUCCCAACAUGUCCGGGCAUACGUGCAAGCAAGGCUACCAACAUUCCGAGUACGGGACUGCAAUCACAUGGGACGAUGCGUUACGGUCGAGCGCACGUAACUUUGAGCACAAGAGCUACAACCUCUUCACGUGCAACUCUCACUCGUUCGUAGCCAAUUGUCUCAACCGACUUAGCUACGACGGAUCAAUGGAUUGGAACAUGAUAACCGUGGUGGCUUUAGUAAUUAUCAAGGGGCAUUGGGUCAAUAACAUGUCGAUAAUAAGAUCAUUCCUCCCUUCCACGGUGGUGCUUUGCCUCGGGUUAGUAUCAGUCGGCUGGCCCUUUUUGGUUGGAUUGUUCUCAUUCUCUAUACUUCUAAUGGGGUGGUUUCUAUUGGGAACUUAUUGUUUCAAAACGUUAUUGGAAAGAUAGAGGUGUCGUUUUCAUUGAAGUUGAAAA